AUGAUUCAACAACUUCCAAUGGUUAAUGUUGAAUUAAUGAUUAGUAAUUUAAGAAUUUUAGUUGAAUCAAAGCAAUUUUCAUCAGCAGAAUUUUUAGGUAAUUUUGUAAUAUCAGUACCAAAUCAACAAAAAACACCUCAUCAAAAUAUAAUUUCAUUUUCUUUAUUUGGUGACUCUUUAUUUGGAAAGAAUGAAUUUGUUAGAUCAUUAAAAUAUUUUAAACAAUCAUUAGAUAUAUUAUUUAAAGUCUAUAAUAAUCCAAAUAAUAAUAAUAAUAAUAAUAAUAAACAAGCAGACUUUGACAAUAAACAAUUUGAAUACGAAUUAAAAUAUAAAAUAUCAUUAUGUUAUAUUAAAAUUAAUAGAAAUAAUUUAGCAAUUUCAUAUCUUGAAUCUAUACCAUUUAGCUCAAGAGGAUUAGAUACACAUUUAACAAUUGCAAGAUUAUAUAAAGAUAUUGGUAAAGAAAAAUCAAAAGAAUGUAUUAUUAGUUAUAAAGAAGUUAUAAAAUUAUGUCCAUUAUGUUUAGAAGCAAUUAACUCAUUAAAAGAAAUGGGUGAAAAUGUAGAUCAAGUUUUAAUACCAUCAAUAAAUAAAUUUCAACAAAAAAAUAAUAGUUUUAAUUCAAAUAAUAUAAUAGAUUUAUCUUGGAUAUCUUUAUUAUCAAUGUCUCAAUAUGAAAUGAAAAGAAAUCAACCUGAAAAAUCAUUAAUAUUAUUAAAAAAAGUUGAAUCUAAAUUUUCAACAAAUUUAUAUGUUUUAGAGAAAUUAGCAUUAUCUUAUUUAUAUCAUGAUGAACCUUCAAUAAUUAAUACAUUUAAUAUCUUUCAAAAAAUUAGAUUAUUAGAUCCAUAUUAUAUUGGUUCAAUGGAUAUAUUUUGUUCAUUAUUAAAAAGAAGAUCAUUACAAUUUGAAUUAAAUAAAGUAUGUAAUGAUUUAGUAGCAUCAAAUCCAUAUUGUGCAGAAACAUGGACAUCAGUAGCAUUAUUUUAUUUUUUAAAAGAAAAUGUUGAAAAAUCAUUAGAAAAUGUUGAUAGAGCAAUUAGUAUUAAAGAAUCACAUGAAUUUGCACAUUCAUUAAAAGGUGAGAUAUUAUUAUCAUUGGAUGAGCCAAGAGAAGCAUUACCCUCAUUGGAAAGAGCAUUCCAACUUUCAAAGAAUAUUUUAACAGCACGUGAAUUAGUUAGAUGUCAUUUAAUAUUAAAUCAAAUGAAAGAAGCUUUAGUAGUCGCUGAAACUAUCAAUAAUCUUAGUCCUGACUACUCGAAAACAAUGGCUUUACUUGGCAUGGUUUUAGCAAAUCAACCUGAAGAAAGAGAAGAAGCUAGAAAAAUUUUAACAAAAGCUUUAACUUUAUCUCCACAUUGUACUGACACUGUUUUAACUUUAAGUAAAUUAAAUGUUGUUGAAGGUAGAUUUCAAGAAGCAAUUGAUAUUUUAAAUAGUCAAUUGGAAUAUCAAGAAACAGAUUUAAUGCACACAGAAAUUGCAGGAGUUUAUUUAACUAAAGAUUAUCAUGAAGAUGCAAUGAUUCAUUAUAAUAGUGCAUUAGAAAUUAAUCCUCAAUAUGAACCUGCAUCAAGAGGUAUUGCAAGAUUGGAAUUAAUUAUGAAAGGUAUUGAUCCUGAUCAAGAAUUAGAUCAAGAGAAUGAUGAUGAUGAUCAAGAAGAAGGUGAGGGUGAAAAUGAUCAAGAGGAAAAUGAUGACGAUGAUAAUGACGAUGAUGAUGAAUAUAUUUCUUAA